AUGCAUUCAUCUCAGGUGUAGAGUCCCAGUCGACAGCCACAUAUCAUGAUGCACCAUACACUGUACACACUUACACAGAUUCACGUUGAGCCCCAGCGGCCCUUAUCGACAAAAAGAGGGAGGGACAGGCAGUCAGUCAGUCAUUGCGUGCAUGAUCAGCCCCACAUAACAUAAAUGGACACGAAAAAGACAUAUAUAUAGUUCAGGCCGGCUGGCUGGCUGGAUCAGUCAACAGGGUGGGGUCAAGCUGGUCUGAUUGACUCGUCUGAACUCCUGGCUCCAGUCGUGGGCCUUCUUCAUGUGUUCGCCGCACCUUCGGCGCACGAUAAAGCCGCUAUCUUCAUCAAUCCGAUCCACGCACGCACUCAGGGACGAGGCGAAACCCCACACCAGGUAGAUUAGAACGAUAGCCGCAAUCGACAACCAGUACCGAAAAUAAUGGGGGCAUUGCGAAUUCCAAGCCGACACGACGUCACUCACGAAAAUGCCGCUUCUCUCCUCGGGAAGUUUCGGCGUACUUUGUGAGCUUUCUGGACGCCCCUGAUCAGAGCCCCUCACAACCACCACGGCAUCACAGCUUGGCACGGUCCGCUCGCCACUGCGCCUUGGCAUUAACCGCGACACGCCACUCCACGCCAGGCUGGCCCAAUAGCCAAGCUUCAAACGGUCGGCGGCUGUCUCGGGGAACAUCGCCCAGAAUACGUCGCUGACCAGCUCUCCUAAAGAGGCACACACACACACACACACACACAUACGGAUGCGAGACGGAGUUAAGCGGUCAUUGUUUGUGUCAUGCCUUGGGACACGUACGUACCCAUGACUUGGAUGGCGGCCUGGGUGAGGAUCAACUUUGCUGAAAAGUUGCCGAAUUCGUCGCUUAUUCCAUAGAAGAGCAGCACCAUAGGUGCAAUGCAGACGGCAAAGGCCUCUGCCAUAAUAUGCGCUAUCGGCACAGUGUGGUAGAAAGCAGUGGACCCCUCGAUGAGAGCCACCAUCUCCAGAGGCCCAACAUCAAUCUUGCAGCAGCGUUUCAGCAGGCGCCGGACGGGCGCAUAGCACCAUUUGUUGAAGCGUCUGAUGUGAUGGCAGUCGACGCUGUAGCAGUAAACGUGGAAUCGGAUCUCUAGCAUCACAGAGAGCACCUCCGCAAGCACACCCACCCACACCUCUCUCACCGUGCCCUGAAUAAGCGCAUGAACGAGGACGCGAACUUAUGAACUGAUGAACAUGCAAUCUUCUGCCGUCUCGGCUCGUUUUCGUUUGUCGUGUGUUCAUUGUUGCCUUACCUGCAAGAGUCUGGUCAUAAUACUGAUUCCCAGGACGGCCGGGACAUAGAGAAUAUGCCUGUACUCUGCUCCAACGUGGGUCAAUCGCAGGCAGAGCAUUCGCAUGAGAAGCAGUCCCCCUUCCGCAAAGACAAAGAUUGCAACGCGAACUACGAGAAAGCUCAUCCCGGCCUCAAGGUAGCCCAGCCCGAGAGGCACCAAGACUAACUGCAGACAGACAGUAUGGGGACGUCCGAUAAAUGGCUUGUUGUACAUACACACACACAGUGCAUAUGCGCGAGUUCAGAACAACACAUGUACGUACGUACCGAUGUCACGAAGCAGAGAAGUGUGUAUAGUGCCAAGAAGAAGAAGCCCUGCAGGACAUCACUCGGUUUGACGGCACGUGUACAGUACAGCAUAGAUACAAACGUACCGCGCAGACGUGAUGAGGAGGGCUCCAGUAACAGCUGAUGAACAUUAUCGUCGGCACCCAUAUGACCACACUGCGCAGUGUCCAAACUGUAUUGCCGACGGCGUCUUCCAGCAGAAUCCUAACACAUCAACACCAACAGAGCCGCAUACGGAUAGUAAGUGGCCUGCCUGCCUGUUUGUGAGUCGGUCAGGCUGUGUGUGCAAUUGUGUGUGUGCCUGCCUGCCUAUCUGUCUUACCCUUGCCAUCGAUAUGCGAAGUCGAAUGCAAUGCUGGCCACGCCAAAAAUAUAGCCUGCGAGCACCAUUAUAGUCACACGCCGGCGUCCCUUAGCAGUCGGGUUGACACCAGGGACUUGGUUCAAAACGAGCAGCAAGAAGAACUCAGACAGGGCAUAGACUGCACACACACACACAGAGGGAAGGCGCGUCAGUCGAUGGCGCCCUUGCGGCGUCGGUUGCUCACCCACCUGUAUAUGAGAAGGCGCUCCAGACGAAUUCGGCGAUUGUGAAUUUUUCAGUUUUCUUUCGCAUCUGUGUUUCCUUCUGAAUCUGCACGCCAUUCAAUGCGUAGUGCACCUGAACAUCAGCAAGCGGACAGAGCAAGGCAAAUGACGGACAACGGGUCUAGCUUUGAUUCUUGGCGGUCUUAAAUGAUCUCACCACAAAACCUAUGACAGCAGCGACGAACGCGAGGCAUUGCAGCUUCAGCAUCAAGCAGGCGAUCUCCAGCCAGCGGCUCCUCCCCUUCUGGUGCCGCUUCCGUAGAUCAUCAGGAAGCAGUGACAGCGUG